AUGCGUGUCACAACCCAUCCCCAAAAUCCUCCAGCUUUGGGGGAACUUGCAGUUGUCAUUCAGCAGGCACUUGAAGCCAACUUUGCCAGCGCAACUGUCAAGGUAGUGGAAUGCCCCGACCUUCGACAGGCUCCUUUCAGCCUUGCUGCACCUGGUCUUUCGGGCAAUCCAUGUAUAGCCGACAUUGGUGGUCAAUCCAACCUCUUCCCUUCACCUAAUUUUGAGGCGAAGUAUUCAUUAUUGUCCCUGGCCAAAGACAUGCAAAUGUCGCCCGCUGGGGGAUCUUUGAUAGGGGCUGGUGCUGGUCCAUUUCAAGAUAUUGGUCGUAAUUCUGAACUUGCACCGAACAUCUCCUGGACAGCAAAAGCUCCGACAUCAGACUUUGAUGAUGUCAACUCCUUGCAAGUUACAAAUCAGACUUAUGUUAUACAAACCCGGGAUGAUGGUUCACCGUGUUGUGAUAACACCCCGAGUACUAAUUGUGCUCUCAUGAUGAACCUUUAUGGAUCAAAUGGUGAUACUGGACUAGUUCUCAAGGUAACUGCUCGUGCUCGAAGGGGUGAUUUGAACUUCACAAACGCUAUCCGCUUGGGACUGCAUGAUCACUAUGGCGAUAAAAGCCCAGUCAGCCUUGGUGGUGUCUUUCUCUUGAAAUCUGGAAAGGCCAAGUUUCAUAUCAUGCCUGAUUUUCCUCCAAAAGAUCAAUUGCCAUUUCAAGGUCGAGACCAGCUGGAGAAUCAAUGGCUCACGUAUCAUAUCUUUCAAGCGCCAGUUGUGUGCUUGACAGUUAUGCACAGUGCUGACCCGGAAGGACUAGGCCUACGAAUGGAGCAUACGCAUUGUUUUGAGACAGGUGGAAAUCACAAAGGUGGACAUUACCAUUAUGAUAUUGAAGAGGAGGAGGUAGAGUAUGAAGCUUACCUUCACCCGGCUUCCAUUCUUUACAGAAUUGAUCAGCCAAACUAA